UGUCUGAGCACACAACACAGUAUAAAAGCAGAGGGGAUCUCUGCCCCUCCAACACUUUGAACCUCAGACUUAUCCGCUGCUAAGAGAAGUCUUCGACUGAGACCAACAAUGAGAGCCUACCUGGUCCUGCUUCUGCUGCUCCCUCUGUGCACAGCCGACUACAACAUUGAGUGUUACGGCGAGGACUUCCUGAUGCUGAGGAACCAGCUCCUACAGUGCUCAAGCAGAACACAGCAGGCCUGCUACACCAGGAAGACUGGGGAGAAGGGCUGUGCUCGGCUGGAGUUCUGCUCUCGACCAGGCUGGAAGUGCUGCUAUAAGGACCGCUGCAAUGCCUAGAACUGAUUCCCGGGGGACACUAACUCCACGGCCCAGGACUGGCAGAGGACGAAGAGCUGUGAUAUAAGCCGACAGCGACUUGCCGUUUAGCACUUGGGGAUUGAAUGCGUUUGUAUAAAUAACGUGACAAAAAUAACUUUCAUUGGAUGUAAAGUCACAUGAAAUAAAGUCCUACGCAAUUGUAA